AUGAGCUGGCAGAAGCUGCCACAGGAGAUUCGGCUCCAAAUCCUGGAGGAGAUAGCUGCCCGCGAUGGCCAUCGCAACCUACCGCGUCUGGCUCGCGUCUGCCGAGAAUGGCAGUACUUCUUCGAAGGCCGCCUUUACAAGCACGUGGUCCUCGAUCAAAAUAUUCUCCGUACGUUUGAGUCGACCGUGACAACAAAUAGAACCAAGUUGGCUGCUGUCGAGGCAGUGAUAUUUCGCAUCAAGCUGCCAGAAUACCAAUUUCCACAGUGUCUGUUAAACAACAUAGCGUUCACAGAUCAGGUGAUAGAGCUGCUUGGUAUGCUUUCUCGUUGGCACUUAAUCAAGAAGAAGGGAAUAUCUCUCGGACUUGCCGUUUUUUCACCAAGUGACAACGAGCACCGCUUCUUCUUCUGUGAAGAAGAGGAAGACUACCCCUUCCGGUUUGAAGGAGACCUGCAGAGAUCUCCGAACUUGUUGGAGUACUAUGAUCGGAACAUCUGGAAGAGUACGCGUCACAUCUGUCCAAGCGAAGAGCAUUACGACCAAGCGAACAAGAGAGAGGAGAAGGCCAGAGUAUGCGGCUAUCCUCUCAGUCUUGAUGAUGGAGACCCCGAAUUCACGAUCGUCCCGGAUCUCCCGAGCGUCCCUAUCGUGGAACAUUUCUUCAUUCGCCGACAGGGAUUCAGGAUCAUUGGAGUAUACGCUGUCACUCACAUUGUCCUUAUGAGCCUCACAAACUUGACAUCGUUCCGGUACGAGAGACGAGCUGGUCUAGACCCUCUGGCCGAGAGUCAUCAUCGUGACAAACAAGCUGAAGGUUUAAUCCCGAACCUUCCUCGUUCUAUUCGCCAGCUGUCGCUCACUAGAUGGACAAGUUUCCACAGUAUUCUUGAUCGGUGGCAGAGUGGAUCGAUGCUCCGCACUGCAGGUAUAGUCAAUGUAUUCCAACACUUGACCGAUUUCGCAACAAAUUGCACUGGUACCGCGGACCAUAUCCUCGCUGAGAUGACCAUCCCAGGGAUGUGCCAAAGCUUGGAGCGGCUGAGCCUAUCCCCCCAGUCAUUCAAUGGCGGGACUUACUACAUUUGCCAACAUCCUACUGCUUUAAUGGAUACCAUCGAGCAGGCAUCGGAGAUCCUUCCCGCCUGCCCAAAUCUGCGUGUCAUGGAGCUUUGGGGCGUCAGCCAGGACAUUGGCCACAUUUUCCGAUACAAGAUGGACCGCGAAGCCAGGAGGGCUUCAAUCACUUGGAGCACCUCCCACUUGGAUGUCCCUUCUCUCCGCCGCACCGUCGUCAAGAGCUGGGUCGAUGCUAUGGCCAAUAUCUUGGAGCACCCGUUAGCCAUCCGCACGGAGAGAAUCAACGAGACAGAGCUUGCCAUGCAGAUCAGCCGCGGACAAACUCUGCUCAAACAUCUAGAGCUUCGGCAUCUUUUGAUGCACCCCCUCACCCUUGCCGAGAUUAAUGCUGAGGAAGAGCUCAAGCGAGUUCGAGGUCUCCGCCGCAUUCCUCGUUCCAAUCUUGAACAGUGA